AUGACAUGCUCCUCAGAUAUUGAUGAUUGUGAAGGUGACCCUUGUCAUAAUGGUGCUACCUGCAUGGAUGAAGUGAAUUCUUUCAAAUGUGCUUGCCUACCCGGAUAUGAAGGAGAUCUUUGCCAAACAGAGGUCAACGAAUGCUACGACGACCCGUGUGACAAUGGAACCUGCGUUGAUCUGAUAGGCAACUUCAGCUGCGAUUGUAUCGAGGGAUUUUCAGGACGUCUUUGCGAGAUUGACAUUAAUGAAUGUCUUUACGAACCAUGUUAUAAUGGAACCUGCGUUGAUCUGAUUGGCAACUCUAGCUGCGAUUGUUACGAAGGAUACACUGGAUCUUAUUGCGAUAUCGAGAUUGACGAAUGUCUUGAUGAACCUUGUAAUAAUGGAACCUGCAUUGAUCUGAUUGGCAUCUUUAGCUGCGAUUGUUACGAGGGAUAUACAGGAUCUUAUUGUGAUGUCGAGAUUGACGAAUGUCUUGAUGAACCUUGUAAUAAUGGAACCUGCAUUGAUCUGAUUGGCAACUUUAGAUGUGACUGUUACGAGGGAUAUACUGGAUCAUAUUGCGAUAUCGAGAUUGACGAAUGCCUUUACGAACCUUGUCAUAAUGGAACCUGCAUUGAUCUGAUUGGCAACUUCAGCUGCGAUUGUUACGAGGGAUAUACAGGAUCUUAUUGUGAUAUCGAGAUUGACGAAUGUCUUGAUGAACCUUGUCAUAAUGGAACCUGCAUUGAUCUGAUUGGCAACUUUAGAUGUGACUGUUACAAGGGAUAUACUGGAUCAUAUUGCGAUAUCGAGAUUGACGAAUGCCUUGACGAACCAUGUAAUAAUGGAUCGUGCAAUGAUCUGAUCGGCAACUUCAGCUGCGAUUGUUACGAGGGAUAUACAGGAUCCUACUGUGAUGUCGAGAUUGACGAAUGCCUUGACGAACCAUGUAAUAAUGGAUCGUGCAAUGAUCUGAUCGGCAACUUCAGCUGCGAUUGUUACGAGGGAUAUACAGGAUCCUACUGUGAUGUCGAGAUUGACGAAUGCCUUGACGAACCUUGUAAUAAUGGAUCGUGCAAUGAUCUCAUCGGCAACUUCAGUUGCGAUUGUUACGAGGGAUAUACAGGAUCCUAUUGUGAUGUCGAGAUUGACGAAUGCCUUGACGAACCAUGUAAUAAUGGAUCGUGCAAUGAUCUGAUCGGCAACUUUAGCUGCGAUUGUUACGAGGGAUAUACAGGAUCCUACUGUGAUGUCGAGAUUGACGAAUGCCUUGACGAACCAUGUAAUAAUGGAUCGUGCAAUGAUCUGAUCGGCAACUUCAGCUGCGAUUGUUACGAGGGAUAUACAGGAUCCUACUGUGAUGUCGAGAUUGACGAAUGCCUUGACGAACCUUGUAAUAAUGGAUCGUGCAAUGAUCUCAUCGGCAACUUCAGCUGUGAUUGUUACGAGGGAUAUACAGGAUCUUAUUGUGAUGUCGAUGUCGAUGAAUGUGCCAGCUCCCCUUGUCACAAUGGUGGAGUUUGUACGGAUCAUGUGAACGGAUUUACUUGCGACUGUUCUAUGGGAUUCACGGGUACCUACUGUCAGACUAGUUAAUACGGUAUACACUGACGCAUUCAUUCACGUGGUCGAUCUCAGUUCAUCAAACCAUCACAGGAGGGAGUCGUUCGAUAUAUUUAUUCGUGUUUACCGAGAUGAAUCAUAAUUAACAUUUAAAGAGGAGUUUCCUUUUUGCUAACUCCAUCAGCUAAACAGAAUUCGAUAAUACAUUUGUAUAUACAUGUAUCAUGCAUUAAUAUGCAAUCAUGUAAUAUAUCCCAUCGUGCAAUAUAUCCACUCCUAAUCCCUACGGCUCAAUGUAAGGAUGAAAAUACUUAAUUUCUAAUUGUCUAGAAUAUUAACCUUCUAAAUUGAAUGCAACAAAGGGACCCCCAGACACAUAAGCAGAAAAUUAUAUUAAACUACUCAAACAAAAAAAUCAAGUUAUUUUCUUGCAUAGUUUUCAAUGUUUCAUAAAACAGUUAAUUAAGCUUAGGCUAAAGUAGUAGCCAAUUAGUUCUUUUUUUUUAACAACUCCAAGAACGGAAAAUAUUAUUAAAUUCCAUGGAAUGUGCGAGAAUGUCAUCAUAAUAUUG